AUGGAAUAUACAACUGUUCGUUCAUUUUUCAUGAGAUUUAACAAAGAUAAACUGUUCAAGAUAUGUGUAGACAACAAACUAGCAGGAGAAUUAAAAAAAUCUUCGUAUACCAAGGAUUAUUUAUCCCGUUUGCUUGUCGAACAUGCUCUGGUAAGAAUUUUUUGUGUUUUGUUUGUAUUUGUGCUGGUUCUUGAAACUUCAUUUGUUUUCUAACAGAGUGGCAAAUUCUCGUUGAGGAAGCUUGAAAUACUGGAUCUACUUCGUAAGUAGUUGAAAUACUGCGGUGAAAAUAUUCUGUUCUAGAAUAUGUAACAGAAUGACAGUGUGACACCUAUUAAACAGCUUGAAUAUAGAGUAUAAUAAUUAAUAUGAUUGUUUAGACUAUCACAGUAGUACAAACAAGAAAUGGAAUGUUUAUGAGUUGCAAGGAAAAGGUAAACGUAACUUUGGUGUAAUAAAGAAAUACUAUUAAGAAGUUCACAUUUUAUAAAUUAUAAUUAAAUUACUUCCUUGGCACAAUGUUAAUUGGGGAUUGCUCUAGCAAUUGGCAACUUUCAGAGUUGUGAACAUGUAAUGAAACGUGUUAGUUGCAGAAAAACACACAAACCAGCACGAGUUCCCCUCAACAUUUUUUAUUCAAUUUAUAAAUAUCUCGGGGAGGGGGGCAAGAUGGGGCGGGGGGAGAGGGGUGGAAGACCAGACUGCAAAGUUUGUCAACGUUGCACGCAAUAUUUUUUAGGCAGAAAUUUCAGUGCACCUGGGGUGAACUUUGUAAUAAUUUUUGCAAUUUAAUCUGCCCUCAAAUGUCUAAUUUUGAUUGUUUCUAAUGUGUAUCUGGCUACUUUUGUGCCCUUCAUUGCAUCUUGCAGUGCCCUUGGGAACUGUUUUGUGCAUGUGCACUUCAAUUUUCUAACAUUGUGCACCCAAGAUCUCAUCGAAGAGUGCCCAACUCUGCAGUCUGUAAGCUGCUUUGCUUCUGUACACUAUGUACAACUGAAAUCUGAAACAUGUUCCUUCUUUGAAAAGGAAAAGGAAAAGAUAAACAGUUUGUCUUAAAUGAUCCUGAAGAAUUUGAAGAACUGAUGGAUAAAGAAUUGAAAAGUUAUUUAAACUGUGUAAGUAAAUAUAGAGGAGUUUCUGCCAAGGUAAUGGAAGGAACAAAGUGAACAUGGACACUACCUGUGGUGCCAUUCAUUGUGUUGGCGAUUGACCGAUAAUCAGAAUCGAGCCAAUUUUUUCCUAGUUAUCAGCAUUGAUAUAUCAAUGCUUAUCAGUAGACAAUUUGGUUGGUAGAUUUGGGUCGUUCCAGAAAAGAUCCACACUCCCCCCACGGAGGAAAUUUCUGCUGUCCGGAGGGGGAGGGGAGACGAAAGGUAGGGGGGUUAACUUCCAAUUUCCUCUGUUGGGGUGGUAUGGAUAUUUUCUGGAAUGACCCAUUAUUUGUAUUUGCAAUUGUGUAAAACUGAUUGUGAAGAAAAUAUGCACCUGAAAAUGCACCUGUAAUGUCUGCCAAAGAUUGAAAGUACAUGAUCAAGUCCUCCAAGACAAUGUUUACAGAGGUAGUCAACAUCCUGCAGUGGGCUUGUUCCUGGCUAUGUUGUAAUAUUCAUUUUGUCUCUCCAAAUAGAAAGUUUGUGUGUUGGCUGAGAACAACAUGUUAUUGGCAAGGAUCUCAGUUUGGAAUGAAAACCCCAACCUUCUUUUAUCAACAACAUCAAUCUACAUGAUUCAUAUCCCUGGUUCCUCACACGUCUUGUUGUCCACUGUCAAAGCUGCAUACAAAACUUAUUUCUAUAAGGUAACUACAUCCUGUGCCACUUUCAGCUGCAAGAAAUGCUAAUUAGGCAUGUCUCAAUGUUUGAAGAAUUUGAAUGUUUAUUUCUCUCUCAGGCACUUGAAAACUUGUUUGGUUGUGAGAAUCUAAAAGAAAUAGAUCUCACAGGGAAGAAAGUUGGUCCUCUUUGUGAUCUUGUCUUAAAUAAGAGCAGUCAGGUAAGAUCUGUUCAUGCCAGUUGAUAAUUAUGAAUAAACUGUUUGUAUUUUGUGAUGCAUCUCUCAAUUCUAUUAAUUUGCCUGCAGAUAUGAAUACUACAUUUUCAAAUCUGCAUUUGCAUGCACUUUUAUUAACAGUAUUCAUUUUCUUUUCAAGGGUUCGUUUAGUCAUUUCAGAUUAAACCAAGUUGACGAAAAUCCACUCUCAAGAAAACGCAAAAGAGAUUCAGGUAUAGCCUACAGUUCAGAACUCAUCCAUAAUUAAAAAUAAGGAACAAUUGUGGUUACACCAUGUAUUUUAUUUAAUUCUAUUUUUAAUUUAAUUUUAUUGUAUUUAAUAAUUCAACAAAUUGUUCCUUUAUUUUUACUAUGAAUGCCAGAAAACAUUCAUCCAUAAUUUUCAACAUUUUCACAAUUGGCAAAAUGCAUGUUAGUGGCGGAGGGGUGGGGGGUUAAUGACAGUUUAUAAUCAACUAAUCUUUAGUUUGGAUUCCAGUCAUAUAAUUUUAGGAAGAAGACAGAAGUGACAUUUUUGUAUUUAUAAUACAGAUAAUAUUUUUAAGGCGAAGAUAGUGAUAUUGAGAACAACCCAAAGACAUUCAAUGAAGAAUGGAAGAAAGAUCAAAAGAUUAAAACACAAACAUUAAAGACGUUUGGAUCUAAUCCACAACCAUCAUUAGAGAAGAUUGAAUUCAAGGUUUGUUCCACAUUUUUGUUGAACUGUAAACCAACUAGUUUAUAACUACUACAUGCACUGGUCGAAAUUACAAACAGGAUCCUAUAUUUAGGAUCCUCUUAGGAUUUUGCAAGGAUCCUGUUAGGAUCCCACUAAGAUCUUCACUAUAGGAUCCUAUGAGAUCUUAUUAAGGUCUUGGACGAUCCUAUAAGAUUCUGUUUAUAUAAGAUAGGAUAUAUAAUUUCUGGAUGAAAGGCUUUCGCUCUGACAUUGAAGUGUUUGAAGUAGUUGCAUUUUUCAAUUAUUUUCUCUGAGAAUCAUGACUACUUUGCAAUUCUACUUCAUGAUAGUGCUUUAAUAGUGAAAUAAUAUCUUUAUAUGUGAUUCACAGAUGAGUACAAGAUUCAAAGCAGGAGAGUAUGUGCCCGAGCUAGCAGACAGCGAGGAGACUGUUAACUGUUUUGUUAGAUUCAAAGGAACCAAUGUCCUGGAAGGAAUUCAGAAAUUAUGUGAACACGGUCUGGCCUCACAGCCACUGCCCUCUCAUAUGAGAAAUAUUCAUUCCUUGUCAAGAAAUUAUUUUAUACUGACCGACAAGAAAAGACCAAAAGAAAACUAA